AAUUUAUAUGCAUUAAGAACAACUAGAAUUAAUAUAAGUAAGACUAACUAUUAAUUCUUGGUUUAACGAUCGUCGAUAUAUCAAUCUUUCUCAGUAGUCUGAAGAUGGCUCCGCCACCAUCCACGGUGGUCUCACCGGUGGUUGCACUUGUUAUUCGGGUGUUGACUCUCGUUUUCCUGCUCGUCUCUGUGAUUGUCAUUGCCACCACCACUGCCACAUCUGGCGCCGGCCCAACCGAGGUCAAAAUCAAGUUCGACGACUUCUAUGCUUAUCGGUACAUGUUGGCGGCUGGCGUGAUCGGGAUCGGCUAUACACUGCUUCAGACUGCAUUCACAAUAUUUCAGGUGAGCACCGGCAAUCGGCUCGGCGGCGACGGCUUCACUCUCCUUGACUUCUACGGUGACAAGGCAUUGUCAUACAUGCUGGCAACCGGCGCAGCCGCUGGGUUUGGACUGACUGUGGAUUUGAACCGCGGCUCAGGCAGCGAUUCCGACACUAAGAGUUUCCUAAACAAGGCUAAUGCCGCAGCUGCCCUUCUCUUCAUUGCUUUCAUAUUCUCCGCCGUAUCUUCAGUCUUUUCUUCAUUCUCUCUCCCUAAGAGGACUUAAGGGAUCAUAAUUGCAAUAGUUUAUCUUUUUACGGUAAAAACUAAGUUGUAAAUGAAAUUAUAAAGUUGGUUAUACCGAAAGUUGAGAGCGUUUGAAAUUUGUCUAAGUUGAUUAUAUUGAAAGUUGAGAGUGUUUGAAAUUGACAAACAAAAAAAAGAAUUAGAGUUGGAGUGUUUUGGAAAA